AUGUCUUCUGAAAUGGAUCAACUUCCCCAGGUACCGCCACCAGGAACGAGUCCGCGGACCAGCAAUUCAUGGAGUCGCUGCGACCAAGCUGUAGCCCGUAUCGCCCCUAUUGCCACGACCACCUGUCAAGUCUGCUCCAAGUGUAUUGCUAAGGAUGAAUGGCAACUCGGUCUGAUGUUUAUCCACGUCGAAGGCUUCAUGCUCAUGGAAUGGCAUCACUUGCAGUGCUUCAAGUUGCUACAGGGUAACGGUCUUUCUGAUGUCCUCGAGACUGUGCAGAACGAGAUGACUCCGGCCCAGAAGAAAGAAUUUCAGUUGGCUUGUCACAAGGCAACAGUCUCAUAA